AUGGGUAAGAACGGCAAUCCUACUGGAGGCAGGGGGACUAAGCAUCAUUGCCCCGGAAAGUCAGGCUGGGUCGGCGACGAGAGCCCCGGAGGCUGUGAUGAAGAUCACAUCGGCAAUAUGUACUACUGCAAGAAGCACGAGAUGCCAUGCCGUAAUGGCUGCGAAGGCAGAGCUCAUCUAAAAAACCAGGACGGCUGUCUGAAGUGCAAGCAAAGAUUUAUAAGGGAAGCAACAAAGGAAAAGGAGGCAAAGAAGAACCAGGAAGAAGUUGAAAAAGGCAAAGAAGAUGAAGCAUUCUGGAAUCCGGGAAAGGGCAGGAAGAAAUAG